CUGACGUCCCCGGGGAUUGACCAAUGAGAGCCAUCCCCCUGGAGACCCCAAGCCCUGCCUCUGCCCGCCUUCCAGGCACGCUGAAACAUGCCCACACCACUAGGCAUCAGGUGGAGGCCCAGGAGAAGGAGGAGGAGGAGGAGAAAGAAGAUGUGGAGAAGGAUGCUGAAGACGCAGUGGCCGCCGCCCUGGACCCCAGCUCCCUUCUGGCCAGCGACAGGCUAAGCCUGGACCUAUACCCUGGGGGCUGCGGCCUCUUGCUGCGCCUGCUCCGAGAGCAGGGCUCACAGCUGCAGCAGGUUCGGUUCCUCCGGCUGAACUGCAACGAGGAGCUGGUCGGGGCUGCGCUGGCUGUCAUCCCCCGCCUGCGGAGCCUCUGCUCUCUGGUCCUCAAAGGUGGGCACCGCCGUGACGAUCGGGGCUCUUACCUCCGCGGCUCCCUGAGCACGCUGCCCCCCUGCCUGAGUGACCUGGCCCACCUUGUCCACCUGGAUCUCAGCUUCAACAACCUAAAGGUGCUGCCAGCCUGUAUCCCCCAGAUGACUGGGCUGGAUGCCCUCCUGCUCAGCCACAACCUGCUCCAGAGGCUCCCUGAGUCCCUGGGGGCCCUUCAUGCCCUCACCUUCCUCUCCGUCUCAAACAACUGCCUGCAGACUUUGCCAACGGGCAUGGCCCAGCUGACUGCCCUGCAGCGGCUGGACCUGUCUGAAAACUGCCUGGAUGCCGUGCCGGAAGAGAUCGGGGCUCUGAGCAGCCUCACUGAGCUCAACUUGGCCUCCAACCGCCUCCAGAGUCUCCCUGACUCCAUGGCCAAUCUCCAGUCCCUGCGCCUGCUCUUCCUACACAGCAACCUCUUGGACUCCGUCCCUCCCAGCCUCGCCAGUCUCCCGCUCCUCACCCAGCUUGACCUGAGAGACAACAGGCUUCGAGCUGUGCCCCGAGAGAUCCAGGAGGCCCCCUUCGUGCGGCUGCAGGGGAACCCCUUGGGGGUGCCUGAGCCCACCCCUGCAGCACCCCCAGGGGAGAGCCCUGCCCGUGACGUGCCCAGAGUGCUGCUGGCCUCCGACGCAGACAGUUUCACAGUGACCUCCCGUGGGUGCUCCGUGGCCCUGGCCUGUGGGGUCCGCAUGCUCUUUCCCCCGGGUGCCACCCCCACCCCCACCACCGUCCACUACCAGCAGCUGACCCCGGAGCCUCGCCUCGUCUGGCUGGGCCCCCAUGAUGCCCUGCUCAGUGCUGUCCUGGAGCUGCGGCCCCAUGGGACCCCCUUCCAACAGGAAGUGCACUUGUGGCUGCCUUUUGUGCCCCCUCGUGCCCGCCGUGGCUGCCAGGUUGUAGUCAGGACCCGGAGUGGCCAAACCUGGGAGGACCUGGACACGCACUUGGAGAAAGAAGAAGAGCCCAAGCGGCUCUGGGCCAGCUGCAGAGUGCCUCAUUUCUCCUGGUUCCUGGUGGUCUCGCGUCCCGUGGAGGAUAGCUGCCGUGUGCCUCGGGAAGGGGCGCUUCUCUGCUCCUCAGGUGACCCCAGGGUCAAGGUCAUCUUCCCAGCUGGGGUCACUGCUGAGCCUCGGCACAUCCGCAUGCAGGUGGUCAUGGUGUCAGACUGGGCUCUGGGGGGAGAUACUGAGGCUGCUGUCAGCCCCCUGCUCUGCCUGUCCCAGGACAGUGCCCACAACUUCCUGGGGCCCGUCACUGUCCAGCUGCCCCUGCCCCGAGGCAUCACAGGCCCGAGCCUGGACCGUACCCAUCUGCACCUUCUGCAUGGGGAUCCUCAGCUGCCAGCUUGGGAUGACAUCACAGCCCAGGUGGCUCUGGAGCUCACACACCUGUAUGCCCGCUUCCAGGUCACACACUUUUCCUGGUACUGGCUCUGGUACACCACCAAGAGCUGUGUGGAAGGCCUGGCCCGCAAGGUCUACGAUCGCCUGCGUCUGUACCGGGUGAACUUCAUCGCCCUGCAGAGGCGGCGGGAUCCAGAGCAGGUGCUGCUGCAGUGCCUGCCCGGAAAGAAGGUGGAGCCCACCUUGAAGAGGCUGCAGCCGCGGUACCGCGGCCCCGAGCCCUCUGACACUGUGGAGCUGUUUGAGGGGGAGCACUUCUUUGCUGCCUUUGAACGUGGAAUCAACGUUGAUGCUGAUCGGCCAGACUGUGUGGCAGGAAGGAUCACCUUUGUCUUCUACUCUCACCUGAAGAACAUGAAGGAGAUCUAUGUGACGUCUUCUGUGGACAGGAAAAUGCAGGCAGUGAAGGGGCAGGUAUCCUUCUACCGAGGGGCAGUGCCCGAGACCGUCCCUGAGGAAGCUGUCCGGAGGCGGAAGGGCCCAGAUGCCCUAUGGCUUGCCACGCUGCCCAUCAAGCUGCCUAGGCUCCCCCAGGGGGAAGGGCAGGGUCCCUUCGAAGGGCUGACCCUGGCCUCCCUGAACCUGGGGGAUGCGGAAAGCGGCUUCCUGACCCAGAGCAACCUUGUGACGGUGGCCAGAAGACUCGGUCCAGACUGGCAAAGUGUGGCCCUGCACCUGGGCCUCUCCUACCCGGAGGUGCAACGAAUCCAGUAUUCAAACAGGGAUGACCUGGACGGGCAGGUUCGACACAUGCUAUUCUCCUGGGCUGAGCGCCAGGCUGGGCAGCCAGGCAGCAUCCAACAGCUGCUGGAGGCUCUGGAGCAGAGUGAUCGCCAGGAUGUGGCGGAAGAGGUACGAGCCAUCCUGGAGCUGGGCCGGAGUAAGUACCGAGAAUCCAUCCGUCGAGUGGGCCUGGCCUCUGAGGAAGAUCCUGUCAGUGCCACAGCCUAGGGCUCCCAGAAGCUGCUUCAGAAGGGAAUGAGGUCCCCAUCACUGCACAGACAUCUUCCGGCAGAGACUACCCCCACAUGCAUACCUCUACUGUUCCAGGACAAGGCUGCCUUCUGCCAGACUCAAUCUCUGAAUGGACACAGCAGGACAGAGGGACCCUAUUGGUGGCUUCUGUCACUCCUUGGUUCUUGUCCAAGAAUGGCUCCUCAGUAAACGAGUGUCCUCCUGAUUCGUGUUCUUGGGUGGCAGGGAGCUGCAGAGAGAGCGCUCCUCUGAUAUUACCCCCAAGGCGGCUAGCUUCUUGCAUCUGUAAAUUCUUGCAAAAUUCAUGAUAUAUCAUCUCGACUGGACCUUCUGCCCUCCUCACCCCAGGGAUAGCCCUUCCACAUGUACAAAUAAUCUCAUUCCAUCCAGCCUCCUCCAGCAGAAUGCCCUGUCUUGUCAUUCCACCUUCUCUCUGUCAACUGGCUGCUUCCUUCCUGUCUACAAAUAUGGCCAUAUCUCCCACAGCCUCCCAUUUGACAGUUUAUUUUCAGUCCCCUUCCCUGCUUUUCAUCCAGGUCACACCCAUUAACUAUGGGUGUCCCACAGAGUUCUCACCUGAUCCUCUUCUGUUCUCUCACUCAGGGGAACUGUGUCCAAGCUGUGACCAGUGGGCCUGAGUGGGCAGUGAUUUGCCAACCUCUGUCUGUACUGCUUCACUUAAUGAUUUCAUCAGUUCCUCUGGAUUCAAUUAUCACCUCUGCUAUGAUGAUUCUCAUUCUCAAAUCUGUUUAUCUAGCCCUAACUUCUCUAUUACUUCCAGUCUUACAAUUUCAACUGUCUAUUGGACAUCUCAGACCAGAUGUCCUCUAACCAUCUUCAGUCAGCCAAUGAACAUUAAGUACCUACUAUAGUGCCAGGCACUAUGCUAAACUCUGGGAAUAAAAAAGUAAGCAAAAGCCUGUUCUCAAGGAGCUCACAGUCUUAAUGAGGAAGACCAUGUGCAAACAAUUAUGUACAAACAUGUUAUAUGAAGGAUAAGUUGGAAAUAAUUAAGGGAAAGAAGACACUAGAAUUAAGGGGGAUAGGGAAAAGCUUUUUGUAGAAGGUGGGACUUAAAGGAAACCAGGAGCUGGAGAAGGGGAGGGAGGGCAUUCUAGGCUUGCAGGACGACCAAUGAAAAGGGCUAGAGUUGAAAGACAAGUGUUUGGUUUAAAAACAGCAAGGAGAUGGUGUCACUGGAUUGUCUAAUAGGUAUGGGGUAGGAGUUUUCCAAAACUGAACUCAUUCUCUUCCCUCCAGAAAAUCCCCUCUCCUUAACUUCCCUGUUACAGUUGAGGGGGUCACCAUCCUUCCAAUUACCUAGGCUUACCCUCUCACACACACACACACACACACACACACACACACACACACACCAUAUCCAAUAUGGUGCCAAGGCCUGUUGAUUUCACUUCCGUAGCAUCUCUCAUCCAUUUCACCUCUGCAGCAUCUCUGUCCAUUUCACCUCUGUAGCAUCUCUCUGUCCAUUUCACCUCUGCAGCAUCUCUGUCCAAUUCACCUCUGUAGCAUCUCUCUGUCCAUUUCACCUCUGUUGCAUCUCUCUGUCCAUUUCACCUCUGCUGCAUCUCUGUCCAUUUCACCUCUGUAGCAUCUCUGUCCAUUUCACCUCUGCAGUAUCUCUGUCCAUUUCAUCUCUGCAGCAUCUCCCCAAUAUACCCCCUUCUCUUUUCUGACACUGACCCUAUCCUGGAGUAGACCCACAUCUCCUUACACCUGGACUAUUAUAAUAGCCGCUGGUGUGUCUGCCUGCCUUAAGUCUCCCUCCACUCUAAUCUAUCCAUCCUUCACUCGGUUGUCAAAAUGAUCUUCCUUAAGUUGCAGGUCUAGCCGUGGCACCCCACCCCACCCCUAUUCAAUAAACUCCAGUGGCUCCCUAUCAAACCUUGUAGUGUUCAAAGCCCUUCAUAAUCUGGCCCCCUCUUCCCUUUCCAGUCCUUUUACACUGUGCUACCCACACUCUAAUCCAGCCACAUGGCUGCUUUCUUGCUGUUCUUCAAACAAGACACUAGGCCUCUCUCACCUCCUGGCAUUCUCUCUGGUUCUCCCCCAGGCUGCUCACUCUUCAUUUCUGCCUCCUGAUUUUCCUGGCUUCCUCCAAGAGCCAGCUAAAAUCCCACCUUCUUUCAGGAAGCAUUUCCCAUUCCUGCAAUUAUCUGUGCUCUAUCUCCUAGCUACUGAAACUGUGGAUCAGGUAACUGAAUAUGGGGGAUCACGAAAAAUUGGCCAACAGUAAAGAGUUCCGUAUACCUAUUUUAUAUACCUAUGUGCCUUGGAUCAUGUAAAAUGGGCAAAAAUGGAUCGCAAGUAGAGAAAGUUUAAGAAGUCCUGCCCUA